UCGGGGCAGAGGUGGGUACGUUUCAUUUCCACCCAGCCCUCGCUGUGUACGACAGAGAACAGGCUGCCGCUGCGGGAAGGAAGCACGGAGAGAGCCGGGAGCGGCACAGCGCACACGGCACAGCACCUCCCGCCUGCCUGGGCAGGGGACACAGCGGCUCAGCAUGGCUCCAGGGGCCUCAAAGAAGUCGUGGGGCAGUGUGGAGGUGGCCCUGGUUGACCUCUGUGCCGUCCUGCUCUGCUGUGGGCCGAUGCUGACCUGCUGCCGCCAGGUGACCAUCUUCCCAGCAGUGUUAAUUCUCCCUGAAGGUGACAAAGCCACUUUCUUCUGCAAUAUCUCCAUGGAGAAUGACUCUGGUUCAGAGUACAGCCUCAAUUGGUACAAGGAGACCAACCACAGCCAAGCCCAAAAAAUGGCUGAGAUCAGCCGAUACAAGCCCAUGACAGAGACAGAGAAGUACCGGCUCAUCAACCACACUCCUGUCUUUGAGAUUGAGAUCCUGAACCUCCACCAGAAUGACUCAGGCUCCUACUACUGUGGAUUGAUCACCUUCUAUGAGCCCGAUAAAGUGAUGGAGAGCAAGAGGGCCCAACUGAUAGUCACAGCAGCCCCUCAGGUGAAUGCUACUGAUGAGCCAGAGAUGGAGGAAGGCAACCCCUCAGAGCACAUCAAGGCCAUGCUCCUGGGCAUCCUCCUGCUGACUGGAGUGGUUGUGCUGCUGAUCUUUGGCUACCUCACCUUCACAUACAGGAGAGGAGAUGUGCAGAAACCACCGAGUGAAAACAUGCCAGUGAAGGAAGAGAAGCCCCCCAUGGUGUUCGUAUCCACUGUGGACUAUGGCGUGCUGGAGUUUCAGUGGGACCAGCGCAGCCCGGUGCCCCCCAGGACUCAGCCAAUUGAGCAGACUGAAUACGCCACCAUCAUCUUCCCUGAAGAGAAACCUGUCACACCGGAGCGUGGCAAGAAACACCUGGAGGACAGGACUCGACAGCUGCCAUCACAGCCCUGCUGAGGGUCAGGGUCCCUCCUCACCAGGGUAUGGGCAUGAGCAGGCUGCCCCAGCCCCUUCACUCUGGGAAAAUCCAGCGUAUCAGGACUAAAGCAACAGAGAUGCUGCUGCUGGAGUCGAUAUUGAACAGUCCUGGCCACAGUGUUAUUGUGGCCAUGGGGUGGGUAUCACAGGAUGAGGAAGCUCCCUGCUGUCCUCCAUGUGCUGCCUCUUCACUCUGGGCAGGGAGAAUGGGCUGAGGCAGAGCAGUGAUGCCAGCAGGUCUGUCCCAAAGGUGACUUACAGUAUGCCUCGGUAUUCUACCUCCACCCUGUGCUCUCUGGAGGGGCCAUGCUGCUUCCCUGCCCUAGGUCUGAGCCAGCUAUCAAAGCAUGACUGUUGAAGAAAGUGCUGGAGGUCAGAGCUGGAGUGAAUCCUGUGAGAUGCUGCUCAUGGGAGCCCAAGGCUUCUUGCAAGCUUCUUGCUUGGAGCAGAGGCUGCCCUAGGUACUGCUAUUCAGAAACCCCUGGGAAGCAGGCAGCUGGUCUCCUGCCUGUCUCCAGGCAUUUUCCUCCUCUGCAUGAGGGGUAAUCUAUCCCUGUAUCCCUCUCUCCCCAGGUGGGAGUCAGAUAUGGCCAUGCGGGUGAAUAAAGAG